AGAUCUCGUUCUUCAGGAGAGAAGCUUCACAUUACAUGCUUAAUUUUCAUUUUGUGUUAUAAUUUAAUGGAUGGCUCUGCGUAGCCUCAUUCUUGAUCUUGACACUUCACUUGUGGAUAAUCUUAAAAUGAUGGUAGUAUUAUUCUACAUUACUUAAGUUUUUGGAACCAAUUUCUCUUUUUCACCGUCUCAUGUAAAACUGCUAAUUGAGAUGGUUAAUAGUUCUGAAAAUUUCUAAUUCAUUUCCCGGUUGUGUUCAAUGUAUUCAGAUAAUGGUGGUCACUCUCAACAAUCACAACAAUGUUCUCAAGCAUCACAGAAUCAUGUUGUCAAAAUUCCACCAGAUCCCUCUCCUGCAUCAGGAGUUGCAUCAAAACAAUCAAAGUCUCCAACUGGCAUUCGAAUGCCCCAAACACCACGUUUGCCUCCAGUGAACAAUAAUGUCGCAUACAAUUCCAGAUCUGAGAAUCGAUUCUCACGACGAUCUGUCUCUGACUUAAGUUUAAUGUUCAUGUUCACAUAUGAAGAAUUAGCAGUGGCAACCAAUGACUUCUCAGAAACUAACUUGCUAGGAGAAGGUGGUUUUGGGUAUGUACAUAGAGGAAUCCUCCAAAAUGGCAAAGAAGUUGCUGUUAAACAGCUUAAAGAUGGAAGCUCACAAGGGGAGCGUGAGUUUCAGGCAGAGGUCGAGAUUAUAAGCCGUAUACACCACAGGCAUCUUGUUUCCUUGGUUGGGUUCUGCAUUGCUGGAGCCGAUAGAAUGCUCGUUUACGAGUUUGUUCCAAACAAGACAUUAGAGUUUCACUUACAUGGAGAGGGGAGACCAACCAUGAACUGGGCUACCAGAUUAAAAAUUGCUCUGGGCUCUGCAAAGGGACUUGCAUACUUACAUGAAGAUUGCAAUCCUAAGAUCAUUCAUCGUGAUAUCAAAGCAGCUAAUAUCCUUCUUGACUUUAAAUUCGAGGCAAAGGUUGCAGAUUUUGGGCUUGCAAAGGUUAUUUCUGAUGUCAACACUCAUGUUUGCACCCGAGUAAUGGGAACAUUUGGGUAUAUGGCUCCAGAAUAUGCGUCCAGUGGGAAGCUCACAGAAAAAUCUGAUGUCUUUUCUUUUGGAGUCAUGCUGCUAGAAUUGAUUACAGGACGGCGGCCUGUCAUAUCUGUGAAAUCCUUCAUGGAUGAAGGCUUGGUAGAUUGGGCAAGACCUUUGCUUGCACGAGCUUUGGAAGAUGGCAACUAUGACACUCUUGUUGAUCCAAAGUUGCAGAAGGAUUAUGAUCCCAAUGAGAUGGGAAAUAUGAUCGCCUGUGCUGCUGCUUGUGUGCGCCAUUCCGCCCACCUUCGACCACGCAUGUGUCAGGUUAUCCAUGCCUUGGAAAAAGACAUUCAUCUGGCUGGUUCAGGAGAUAGUAGUAUGAGAUCAGAACACAAAAUGGUUGAUGGCUCACAUGGACCCAUAGAAUAUGACACAGUCCAGUACAAGGAGGACAUGAAUAAAUUCAGGAAAGUAGCACUGGGGAGCAUGCAGAUUGGACGCGAUGAUUAAGAUGGAUCCAACCCAGGAUCUAGUCUGCACUUAGAGUCAAUCAGCAAAGGCCAAUCCAACUUAUGAUUCACAUUCGAGGCCUGCUUCCAUAUACUACCCUUGUACAUUACCUUGAUUUUGAGAGUGUGAAUCAA